GCGACGUUCAACUACAAGUUUCCUUCCGCCUGACAAUUUAAACACUGGCAACAGUGCAUUGCUUUCACUGUCGAGAUGGCGGCGGCAGAGGCGGAAAGCGAGUACGCCAUCCACGAGGCGGCGAGGGAAGGCAGAACACAAGUGGUCGAGUCGCUUCUAAAUGCAAAUCCUAAACUCGCCAAAGUUGUCGAUGAAGACGAACGCCUCGCAAUCCACUGGGCAUGCGCAUUCAACCACCUAGAUAUUGUGAAACUGCUCACCUCGACACGGUCCUUCGACCCUGACGCACAGGACGGCUCAGGAUGGACACCGUUGAUGAUUGCAUCGAGUCUGAAAGACAAUGGUGGAGAGGCCAUUGUUGAGCUCUUGUUGGCGAAGGAGGCCGACCCGAAAAUCACGACCAACACCGGUGCGACCGCCUUGCAUUUUGCCGUAUCGAAGGGGAACUUGGAGAUUUGCAAAAACUUGCUCAAACACGGGGCUUCGGCCAGGACCAAGGACAAACGCGGACAGUUGCCUCUCCAUCGAGCCGCCGCAGUGGGAAGUGUGCCGAUAGUAAAGCUCUUGCUCGAGAACAAGAGUCCCAUCAAUGCUACCGACAUGGACGGACUGACUGCACUGCACCACGCCAUCAGCGAAGGAAAUGCAGAUGUGGCGGUUGAGCUGCUGAAAGCCGGCGCCGAAACAGACAAGAAAGACAUUGACGGCAGAUUGGCAAUUGAAUGUGCCCCAGACAACAAAGUCCGCUCCUUUAUCAUCAAGGCUGCCGAAAGGGAGGGAAUCGAGAUUGAGUGAGCAAGCUUUAUGAGGGCACCUCUGUACAAUCCCGCAUUGUACCACACCUCCUCGGUCGAAAUUGCGAAAGGAUAACCAUUCAAGGUCAUCUGCAACAUUGGAUUGGCCACUGCAUGGUUGUCUUCGUACAGUCACGAAACCGGCCUGGCACGAUGUUUCCGGCACAAGCUUUUAUGCCACUUCCAACUUGCACUGCGGCCUGAGUGCAGUACCAGGGUACGGAGUUCAUGGACCAGAAUGACUCCCUCCUGAGAUCCAUACCGUGAUAAUCAUCCCAUCUCGCCGAGAAUUCAUUCGACCCUGGCACCGGGUGUUUUUCCCUCGAUCUUGACGCCCACACUCCUCGGCGUACAUGCAACCACUCAAGAGACAUCAUCUAGAUAUUCGGCCAUUGGGCACUACAGUAUCAAGCCUCAACUGGCGGAAUACCCCUUCCUUUCGGAAGGCGAGAACGUGCAACCUCCAACCACCCAGCUCUGGCAGAAUGGGCACCAUUCAAACCUCAGACAAUACCCAACGGGCCAGAAUGUAUACGUGGAGGAGCUCAUUGACGAUCAUCAGAUCGAAGGCCACGUUUUCAAGGUCAAAAUCGAUGGAGAUGGCCCGAUAUUUGCGUCCAGUUCAAACAAGUUCAACGCCCUUUUCCGGGCGUCCUUACAUCCCGCCAUCUCUGAGACAGUUAGCGCCUGCUGCCGCUCGCCUGUGGUGCUGCCUAUAUUACUUGCUGCCAGUGCGACGUUCAUCCUCAUACACCUGACAAGCACUACAGCAACGUCUGGACCGCCUGUUUUUGACGGGACCCUCCCCAUGAUUAAAACUGAAGUCCCCUUCAAUGCUGCAUCGUGUUUGUUAUUUCACGUCAAGCUUGGUAUCCACAAGUCAGAGAGAACUCUCUGAACUGGCAGCUCCCGUAGAUAGUAUCAAUGAAAGGGAAACCUUGAUCACGAACUACAAGUACCUGGCAUGAGACUCGAACAAAUCUAUCUGUCUGGGUAUUUUUAUACAGCACAGUGUAAAAGCGAAGUGGCAUUUGAAAAAUGCCUGUCUCAAUUGGCUACCUCUGGUACACCAUGCGACACUGCAUUCAACCAACCGAUUUGACCUUCCAACGACACGCCCACUGGCAGUCGAACACGCCAGUGCAGGUCUAUUUCAUGGUAUCUGCCAACUGCCUAUACAUCUGUUUCACAUCGAGGAUGUCUGCCUUGAGCUCCUCGACCUGCUCACUCUUCUCACCAAGCAGUUCCAGGGUCGUCUGAUGCCUCUCAUUCAGACUCUGAUAUUCCGUCUCCAAGGUCUUUAAUCGAGCUUCUAUUCUCCGCUUCUCCUCGACUUCACGCAUGAGAUUCACCACCUCCUUUCUCGCCUCAUCACGUUGGGUAGUCAAUCGAAGCAACUCGUCCUUGGACGCGGCUUUCUCGGUCUCCAGUCUACGGACAUUGGCGGACAUUCGCUCCACAAGUUGAACCGAAGGACCGGCUCCGACAGUGGACGCGGAGAUGAGGUCGUUGACCCCGCCACGAUGAGAGUGGUGACUAACCGAUAACGGGGUCGGAGGCACAUUGGCAAAGUAUUCGUCUUGGUCCAUUGAAGUGACCACAGACGGCGUUUCUGCCGUGGGCCCAUUCAAGUUCGCAAGACCUUUGAUAGAAGUGGUCGAUUGCUGUCGCGGCGGCGUGUUCGAGUCGAACAGUGGCAUGAUCGAAGAUCUUCGACUGCUGGGUCGCUCGUACACAGGGCUCAUCAAAUGGUUCAUGUCAAAACCCAUUCCCAUGGUGGAAGUUUUGCGGACCGACGUCCCUGGUGACUCGGUGCGCUGGAUGUGCAGAGCAGUCGUCCAUUUCGCCUUCUCUUCAUCGAUUUUACGUUGCAGCUCUCUGGCUGCAUUUGCUUUCUGUUCCUCGAGUUCUUUCAACGAAUUGGACAGGUCCUCUUCGAGUUGACGCGCCUUGCGACUUAACCUCUCGGUUUCUUCGUGGACUUCGGCCAGACUCUUUUCCAUGUCUGCAUACUUGACCUGUAUGCUUUCUAGUUCUCGUUCGGCACCUUUGAGUCUCUGGGUGGUGUCACGCAGUUUUUUCCGCAGAUCCGCAUCCCUGGCUGCAACUUCAUCCCGUUCCUUCUCCAGAUUGGUGAUCCUACCGAGCAGGGUACUUUCAAUACCUUGCCAAUUUUGACUCGCAGAGGCAUACUGGCUCUGGAGUGUCUCAAUUUGUCGGAGUAGUUUGGCCUGCACCUGGCCCUGGUCCAGAGACGCUGCUUCUUCCGCUCUGACGCGGAAAGCCUCCAACUUGCUUUCUAGUGCUGCUUGCUCGCUUAGCAUUUCGCUCUCCAUGGCGCGAGCUUGCUGUUUCUCCUUUUCUAGGGCGGCCUGCAGCUCUGUGAUCUCCCUUCGCAACUUGUCUUCCGAUAUCUCCUUCUCCACUCUGGCACUGGCCAGAUCGUCCUCCAGCUCAGUGAUACGUCUCCGCUCCUUCACCAGCUGGUCUGACUGUGCUUUGCUUUCUGCGGCCUCUGCUCUUGCAUUUGCUCUUGACAACUGGGUUUUCAUUUCGGCCAAGGUAGAUUGGAGAGCGUCCCUCUCCUUUUUGAUGGAUGCCAAGUCACUCGCAGCAGCCAAGCUCGCGGAAAGUUGCUGUUCCGUUCUCUUGCUCGCUGCUUCAGCCUUCAACGCCCGGUCUUCCAUGGCCUUCAAGGAACGCUCUGCCCUUUCAGCACGGCUUUUGAUAGCCUCUUGUUCCUUGUUUUUGGCGGCUAGCUGAACCUUCAAUUUCUUGACUGCUGUCAGAUAGGUCAUUUCGGAUUUGGAAAGUUUGGUUCCUUCUUCAAUCAGUAGAGCUAUCUUCUCGUCCUUCUCGGCGAGUCUUUUCUCCAAGCUACCCG